CUUAGGAUUCUAUCGGGAGGACGUAAUGCAAUUAGCUUCUACAGAUUAGUAUAUAUUCGACAAAUUGGAAUGUUUACAUUAGAAGGAAAUAAUUCUUAAUCUUCCAUCAGGACUCAUUAAUGGCUCGGGAUUUCUUUUAGGGAUUGCCUCUAGAUUUCUAUUAUUCUAGUUCCGGGGCAAAGGAGAUGUUGGUGUCCAGAGGAUACAGUCGUUUUUGUAUAGAAAAAAGGGAUUGACCUUUCAGGUUGAAUUGCAUUGUCACUGAUUGGUAUAAUGGAACAGCUAAAGAAGAGGAUGCGGGUUGUUGCGGUAAUUUUUCUUCUCCCCUCUGUGUUCUCACAUCCCAUCACCCAUGAUUACUGUAUACUGGGUGCCGGUCCUGGAGGACUACAGAUUGCUAAAUUCCUUGAAGAAGCUGGAAGAGAUUACAUGGUAUUUGAACGCAGUCGGGGACCUGGUAGCUUUUUUCAGCGUUUUCCGAGGCACCGUAAGCUGAUCAGCAUAAACAAACGCUUUACGGGGCGCACGAACAAGGAGUUUAAUCUCCGCCAUGACUGGAACUCCCUGCUAAGUCGGGAUGAGCGCUUGCGGUUCUACCAUUACUCUCGUGACUUCUUUCCCCAUGCAGAUGACAUGGUCCGGUAUCUGCAGAAUUUUAGUUCUGGUCUCAAUGUCUAUUAUGGCAAAGAAAUCAAAAAUGUAAGCAUGAGACCCUGUUUGGAAGCAUGGAAUGGGCAUUACUUUCAUCUAGAGGAUCAGACAGAACAGGAAUACAUGUGCAAUGUUGUUUUAGUGGCCACCGGAUUGUCUAUAUCGAAUACACUAAAGUUCCCCGGAGAAGAGUAUACAGAGGGCUAUGACACCGUUUCCAUAGACCCGUCUAAUUUCACAGGGCAAAGUGUACUCAUUUUGGGUCGUGGGAAUUCUGCAUUUGAGACGGCUGAAAAUAUCCUGGGAUCCACUAAUUUUAUACAUAUGAUUGGGCGAUCCAGAGUACGACUAUCCUGGUCCACGCAUUAUGUUGGUGACUUGAGAGCUAUUAACAAUGGACUAUUGGACACCUACCAGCUGAAGUCCUUAGAUGGUCUCCUGGAGGGAGAUCUCUCUGACUUGGCUUUAAUCCGGGAUGAUUCUGGAAAGUUGUAUGUUACCCACAAGCUUUAUCUGAGGGGCAAUGACACAAUGAAACCUGCUUACACGCUUCUGCAGGACGAGAUGGACAACUUUGCAGCUCGCGAACCAUAUGACCGCGUGAUCCGUUGUCUGGGUUGGAAGUUUGACUUCUCCAUUUUUGACAAAUCCGUUAGACUAACGCGAUCUUCUGGGCUAAAAAGGAAGUACCCCUUGCUAAAUCCAAAUUAUGAAGCAAAACAUACCCCGGGUCUGUUUGUUGUGGGAACGGCCAGUCAUGGUAUUGAUUUUCGGAAGUCGGCCGGUGGAUUUAUUCAUGGAUUCCGAUAUACAGCUCGAUCUGUACAUCGUAUGAUGGAGAAUCGCUACCACAACAUUCCCUGGCCCUCAACUCAUUAUUCCAUCUCCCAGCUAUUAAAUGUAUUAUUGAGGCGCAUCAAUGAGGCGUCCGGCCUUUACCAGAUGUUUGAGGUUCUGGUUGAUGCGAUCUUUCUUGGAGAGGAUUCUACCACCUUUGAGUAUCUAGAGGAGGUACCAGCUGGAACUAUUCCCACUGUAGAGAAAAUCACCGGAAGGAAGGUAUAUGACACAGGAGUAUUUAUUUUGAUCAUGGAAUAUGGAAAGAAUUUUUCUGGACCAGACAAAGACGUCUUUUAUUAUAAUCGUGCAAUUGGUGAUGCAAGAGCUGCGUGGCGUUCCAACUUCCUGCAUCCUGUCAUUUACUAUUACAGACAACUUCCAUCAGAGCAGCAAAUGAAAUUGCGCCCGCAGGGUUGGCCUCUGCCACGCCCUGACCACAUUCAUCAUAUUGUAGAGGAUUUUCUCACGGACUGGACAGGCCCUAAAUCUCAUAUUCUCCCCUUACGUCGCUUCCUUGAAAACUGUUUACAAAAAGACCUUAGAACGUUUUAUGCGGAUUCCUGUUUUAUAUUUUCACUGACGCACCAGAAGUUGCCGAUUUUCUGCCAGCAGGGUUAUCUGCAAAACCAAGGCCUCAAGGGAAAAGAACAGAGGAAUUAUACCAAUCCUCUUGAAUUUACAAAGGAAAAUAUGGAAAGGAAAGUUAAAGAUGAUAUCACGUAUAGUCAGAGAAACGGGAAAGAUGAACUUUGACAUUUCAUUUACUAUUGUCUCCUGUUACUGCAUUUUUGUCACUCCAAACAUACUGCUUGAUAAAGGGAACUUUACUAAAACAAAAUAUUUCCUAAUUUUUAUUUAACUUAUUCAAAAAAAACUUUAAUCUAUUCAUAAAUCAGCUUAAAAGAUCAUAC